AUGGCCGUGCAUUCUAUUUUCGAUUUCUUGGAGAUGGGGGCCCUGGAGUCCGCAGCAGCGACUUACUCUGCUUGCACGGCUUGGUGGUUCGCAGUGGCGGACCAAGGCCACUGGGAUGCGCCGAAAAUCACCGGACGAGCGCCAACUGAGACGCAUGCCGACAAAACAGUCAACUUUCUUUUGCCCUCGGACUUCACUUCACACAGCGCCUCAGCAGGGGAGGAGACGUCAGAUCGGCCUUGGCGAAUGUCUUCGUGGCCCUCGAUGGUCUCCAGUCGCCUCCACUUUCCGCUGAACGCCCCCCCACAGCCCCCUGUGGGUGAUCGAUUCCUUGAUCUUCCUACUUUCCCCUCCGAUGAACAGUCCAAGUGCCCAGUACUGCUACUCUAG